AUGCGCUACAUUGCGAAUAGCACAAACAUACCUAUUCCCCAAAUUCACAACAUUGAAACCCAUGAUGGUGGAACCAAAUCCAUUUCAAUGGACUACAUCGAGGGCCGUACACUGGAAAACGCUUGGCUGGACAUGGUCCCCUCCCAAAAGAUAUCAGUUGCUCAAGAGCUUCACGGGUUCAUCCUGCAACUCAGAGAGCUUAGGAGAGAUACAAAUCCCUCAAGACGCGGAAGUGCACGGUUGAAGUCGCAACCGCGCGAAUCCAUGACGAGCUCAGACUUAAUCGCCCACUUCAACCCUCAUUUGAUUCUCAAGUUGGAUUCGUCCCACCCCAACAUGCCCCAGCAUGGCCCAUUCGGUCCAGAGGACAAGUUGGUAUUCACCCACGGCGAUCUCGCCCCGAGAAAUAUAAUCAUAGACGAGGAAUGUCAUGUCGCCGCGGUGCUAGACUGGGAGUAUGCGGGGUGGUACCCCGUCUGGUGGGAAUUUGUGAAGGCAUAUGAGUUCUGUAACGACUUGCCUGGAUGGUCUGCAUAUUUAUCCAUCAUCUUGCCUCCGAGCCACGCGAAGGAGUAUAUGAGUUUUGCGCUUGCCACCCGCUUUGCAAGAUAA